AUGGAGACUGCUCGGCACAACCACGCUUGUGCACGAUGUUCUGAGCGGAAAGUCAAAUGUGACCGGAAACGUCCCUGUGAAGCAUGUGUCCGACUCGACCUGGACUGUGAUUUUCUGCCUCUGCCGCCACGCAACCGGCGGAGACGCCCAAACAAUGCAAACGUCCAGAUCCAGGCCCUCGCUGGACAGCUGCGCGAGUAUGAAGCCUGGUUUCGCGAGAGAGGCAUCGAUCCAGAGUCUUUGCCCGUCAAUAUUCCGCGACAACGUGAGAGCGAACCGUCUGAAAAGGAGCCACUCCACACGGCACAGUCGACACAGUCAGCGCAGUCGAUACAAUCGACACCGUCUGGAGCCAGCCCAGGCCGUCUUAGGCUUGCCAGCAAGUGUGUCGUCGUUCCUGUCUUCACAAUUCUGUCUCGCGUUGCUGACAACAACAGUGUGCUGUGGACUCGAGUCAUUGAAGAGUUUGAUCCCCAAGACGACCUAAACAUCACCCAUGAUGGCUCCAGCGACGAUGAAGUGGAGGUUCGCUUGAAGGGCACGCCCGGCAACACCGGCGUCGGCCCAUCAUUCAUUUUUGCAAAUCGUCCGUCACCGCAUGGGUAUCGCCCCGAGCAUCCUCCUCUCGAUAUGUCUCGUCGACUGUGGCAGGUCUACUGCGAGAACGUCGACCCUCUGACCAAGGUACUGCAUAUGCCCACCGUCAAGCAUGCCAUGGAGAACGCCUUCCGAGACACGCCCGCGGUUCCACGUGCUUUCGAGGCUCUCCUUUUUGCCGUCUACGCGGCGGCCGUAAUGUCCCUGCGAGAGGACGACUGCUCCAAGACACUGGGCGAGCCGCGAUCCGUCCUGCUCCCCCGUUACCUUGCUGCCACUGAGACGGCCCUCAUGCGAGCCAAUGUGCUCGGCACCACCGAUAUCAUUGUCCUGCAGGCACUCCUCCUCUACCUCCUCGCCGUGCGCGAUCUGCACGAGCCACGUGCCGUGUGGACGCUGACCGGCGUGGCCAUACGCCUGGCUGAGGGCAUGGGGCUGGAUCGUGACGGCUUGCGAGAGUCGCCGCCCCUGCCGCCCUUUGAUGUUGAGAUGCGCCGCCGGCUGUGGUGGCAGCUGCGGGUGCACGACUUUCGCACUGCCGAGCUCUGUGGCCGGCCCAAGUUCCAGGAUUUGGACGUGGACAGUACCCUGACAGCAGGAUCCACGGCCGCUCUGGCGACACAGUGGCCGGCCAAUGUCGAUGACGCUGCCCUCGGCCCGGCCAUGGCGGGAAGCCCCCUCCCGCCGUUGGGCGAGGCAUCGUCGGCCACGGACGCCGUAUUUGUCGCCGUCAAGUGCGAGCUGCUGCGGUUCACGGCCGCACGGCUGAGUGCCCUGCGCCGGCAGCAGAUCCCGGGUCCAAGUACGAACCCCUGGCGUCUGUACACCACCAGCGCCCUCGACAACGACUUUGCCGACAUUGAAGCCCGCCUCGAGACGCGCUACCUCCGCUACUGCGACCCGUCCAAGCCGCUGCAUCUCAUGGCUACCCUCAUGGCCCGCUGUGCCAUCAACAUCCUGCGCUUCAUGACACGCCAUCCAUGA